ACAGGUUUCCAUAGCAACUAUAUAGGUGUUACUGGAGAAACUGAAAGUAACUUCAUAUUGUUCUUAUUCGGCGUUUCAAUUUGCUUUGAUUGAUUCAAAAUUAGUAGAGUUGUCGAAAUUUGUCACCAUGGAAGAACUUAAAGAUAAAGGCAUGCCGCAUACCUCUCAGAAGAUCUGCGACUCCAUUCAAAAACACCCCUCGUACAUUGGUUUCAUUGAAGAAGUGCAGAAAUUGGUAUCUAGCUCCAAUGUGAGCGUGAACAAUUUCAACGAAACAUUAAUGAAAGCAAUGCGCGAAAAAGGAAUCGAGUGUCAUAUGAAGAACAACGUAUUUCAUUGGGUUGCAUCGAAUAAGAAAUAUAAAAUGGAUUCCCCGAUAGUCGACUUGGCAUUUUUUAAACGGGCCCAAGUUCAGUGGGACAAGAGGAUUCACAAAUCAUUAAAUUCGAUGUGCUCGGAAUUAGGAAUUACAUUGGCAAGGGCGCGGUCUUCACAGGACAGGGAGGAAUUAUCAGAAAAAUGGGGAGAACUAAGUAAUUAUGAUAUCGACGUUAGCAAGUAUAGACCUGUAUAUGCGCCAAAAGAUUUUUUGGAAGUGUUACUUCAUCUGAAAAGCCCAAACUGCAAAGUCUAUGAUAUCGAUCCUAAUUGGGAAUUCGCCCAUUUACCAAUUAAAGUUAAAGAUCUCCCGGAAUUGAGGCAACAUUAUGGCGAGUUAUCGAGAGGCGAACAAAUUUUAGGAACUCAUACUUAUGGUACACUUUUCGAAGCUGAACGAAUUCAGAUUGGAGAAAGAGUGUUAGCUCAACACUACGCUCCAGUUGCUCAAGAGUAUUUGAAACGUGGCUGUCCAAAAAAUUUGCGCUCCGAGAUGUGGUCUUUAGUCCUUGGGGCUGACAUAAAUAUGAUUCAAAGCGAAUAUUACGAAUCGUUGAAAAACCACACGCUCUACUACGAUCUGAUGAUAGACAAAUUAAUAAUCAAGGAUAUCCAAUUAACGGCCUCGAAUGACGAUCAGUAUUUUGUUUUCGAAGAUGUUCUAUAUCAGGUGAUGUUAUGUUUCAUGCGUGAUGGCGAUAUUUUGAAGCAUAUUUCCAGCCAGCCAGGUUACAUGCAAGUUAUUUUGAAAGGAAAGCAACCUACAUCAGAAAACACAAUGACUUUUCCGCCUAGCGGAGUAAUACCGUUUCACGGUUUUACGAUGUACGCAGCACCUAUAUGUUACCUAUUCCAAGAUCCGUUGAAAUUAUACUACGUUUUUCGAGCAUUUUACUUGAGAUACUGGCAUAGACUGCAUAGAGUAUGCGGCCAUGAGCAAGGAAUCGUGUCAAUAUGCUUAUUGUUCGAAAGGCUUCUGCAAAAAUUCGAACCGGCACUGUGGCACCACUUUCGGGAAAUUUCAAUAUCUCCCAUAAAAGUGGUUUUUAAAUGGCUGAUGAGAGCGUUCAGCGGUCAUUUGCCACCAGAGCAAGUAUUGCAAUUAUGGGAUUUAGUUUUAGCAUAUGAUUCAUUGGAGGUAAUUGCUUUAUUGGCUGUAAUAAUUAUGAUCUUUAGGAAGGACAAUUUACUGCAAGUGACUACAUUAACUAAUAUCGAAUCAGUAUUAGCUGAUAUUUCGUCGAUAAAUGUUAUACCUUUAUUACAAAUGGCAUUAUUAAAAUAAAAUUUUCUGUUUACAUUUUAUUGCUAAUAAAUAAAUAAAUACAUCAAGUGG